AUCUCCAUUCACAUUCGCACAAAAAUCAAAUCAAAUCAAAUAAACUCACACCUACAGAGAGUGAAAACUGAAAAGCAAAGAGGUCUCAUUCCCAAGAAAAAUGGCAAGCACUAGAAGAUUGGGCGUGGCAGUGGAUUUCUCACCAUGCAGCAUCACAGCACUUCAAUGGACGGUAGAUAACUUUGUGAAAGAAGGAGAUCACCUCAUUCUUAUUAUCAUUCGCCCCUCAGGCUACGAGCACGGCGAGAUACAACUCUGGGAAAGUACAGGCACUCCUCUCAUACCCCUAGCCGAGUUCUCUGACCCUACGCUCAUGAAGAAAUAUGAUCUGAAACCUGAUCCCGAAGUAAUUGAUAUUGUCUCAACCGCUGCAAAGCAAAAAAAUAUUAUGGUGCUAAUGAAGAUCUAUUGGGGAGAUGCUCGUGAGAAGAUAUGCGAAGCAGUUGAUCACAUUCCUGUGGAUUGCCUUACCAUGGGGAACAGAGGCCUUGGCACCAUUAGAAGGGCCAUAAUGGGUAGCGUAAGCAACUACGUGGUGAAUAACGCCAGUUGUCCCGUUACUGUGGUGAAGAGAGCAGACCAUUAAUUAAUUUUCUAAUUUGAUGUAGAAAUAUAUUAAACGUAUAAGUUUGUGUGUAAUAUAUAUCAUCAACGAAUUCACUCAUUUGCCUACUUCGAAAUUGUUCACAUUCUUACGCUGAUGAAUGAUGAUUAGGGAAUAAAAUCUAUUUAG